AUAUUUUUUUUUGUUUUAUAUAUAACUGUGUGUGUCAUGGAAAGUUACAUGUGCGUUUGUGUACAGCUAUUUCUGUGUGCCAUGAAAGACACAGGUGUGUGUAUGUGUAAUUAUUUGUGUGUGUCUUGAAAGACACAUGUGCAUUUGUGUAUAACUUACUGGUAUGUGCCUUGAAAGACACAUGUGCAUUUGUGUAUAACUGUUUCUUUGUGCCAUGUAUGCAUGUAUUACUCUUUGUGUGUCUUGAAAGACACAUGUGCGUGUGUGUAUAACUUACUGGUGUGUGCCCUGAAAGACACAUGUGCAUUAGUGUAUAAUUUUUUGUGCCAUGUAUGCAUGUAUAACUCUUUGUGUGUGUCUUGAAGACACAUGUCAAUGUGUGUAUAACUUACUGGUGUGUGCCCUGAAAGACACAUGUGCGUUUGUGUAUAACUAUUUGUGCCUUGAAAGGCACACACAUGUAUGCAUGUAUAACUAUUUGUUUGUGUCAUGAAAGACACAAAUGUGUAUGUAUGCAAGCAUGCAGAGAGCAUGUGGCACCAAACUUGCAAAGUUAUGCUAUCUUCUUUAUCCAGAUCAAAUUUAAUGUAAGUUCACCCCCACCUUUUUAAUAUAUUCUAUUUCAAGCACCAAACAAAACAUUUAUUUCUCAAAACUGUGAAUUUGAAUUACACAUAACACCAAUGUAUUUUAAUUACAUAAGAACAAUUGUUGCCUUCAUGGACAAAUGUCCUUGUUUGACACUCCUAGAUAUUUGUUUGGUUUGGCCUUUCUUUUCUCUGUUUCUGAUACUCUGUUACAGCUAUUUUUCUUGUUUUAUAUCCAUUGGAAAAAAAUAAACAAACUCCCACCAGAUUAUCUCUUACAACUUUAAAUCAUGUCUGGAAUCUAUUCACCACACAUUGGGAUUAUCUGCUUAAAGCAUUAAAGCCAAGUUUGACAUGUUCAACAUCAGUUUUUAACCUUUAAAUCUCUAAAAAGUCUGGGUCUGGGAUAUUUUAGGGAAUGUAUUUUCCUGCAUUAUCUCACCCCUGAGAAGUGAGAUAAGUGAUUGUGAAUUCCAUUGUCAAGGGUGGCUUGAUUGGCAUCUACUGGUGGUGACUCCUUUUCUGUAGAAAAGGGAAGUUUGCCUGAUCUCCAUGCUUGACUCUUGGACAAAGCAAGAGGGCAGUGGGUGAAUCCUCAGUGAAAUAAUAGCCCAAUCCAGAGCCCUGACAGUUUUUGGGAAGUGUGUAUGUGUUGGGUGGUGGUAUGCCUGCCCUAGACUCCUCCCCUUGUUGGGGGAAUGGGUAGGCUCUAGAUCCUGUUGAUAUGAAGCUUCUCUCAAUGUGUCACCAUGAAGUGUAACGUCUGAAAUAUCAGCUGCCCAUAGAAGAGCAGUUAAUGCUCAAUCUGCUGGAGCUUUUAAACUCCGGUUGUAUACUUCUGAUAUUAUCUCCUGGCUGGCUUUAGUUAUUUGAUUGGUAUUAUUUUUAUUGAAUCUGUUGUUUGAAUUUUGCGCCUAUGCUACCUUGGAAUGAAAGGUGGCUUACAAAUACUUGUGAUGAUUUCUUUCUGUCCAUUAGAGGUACGAGGUACAUAACACUACUUGAAGUUUGUAUUUGCAUCAUGACUGCACUCAUGCAAACAAUGAGGGGACAUAUUGGGGCCUCUAGUUGGUGCACAUCUGAGUUUGCGGAAGGUAGAGAAAAAGUUGGUGAAACACCCUUUUGGCUAGUGACCAAGAAUACCCUAUUCCAGUCCUUUCCUUUUGGGAACAGAAAAGAAAAAUAUUUGAUAUCUAUUGGGUAAAAAUUCAAUUGUUUAUUUCAGUUUUAGGACAUAUUUACAUAUUCAACAAAAUUUACUCUCUUCUGGCUAAGGCAAGGGUAGACAAGCUGUUGCCCUUCAGAUGUUGUUGGCUUACAAUGGCUAUUAUCUGUGAUCAUGAAUGGGGUUUAUGGGAACUGGAAUCUAGUAACAUCUGGAAGACCAUAUCUUUCUCAUCCCUGCCCUAAGAACAUAAAAUGGACAUGCUGGACCAGAACUGAGCCAGUCUAGCUAGCCAGGUACCCCAUAAACCUUACAAGUAGGUAAGAAGGUGAAGGUAUCAUUCCUUUCAGCAUGGAGGUUCUGUUUAGCUAUCAUGGCCAAUAGAUGCUAAUAGACAUCCCAGAAGGAGACGUCUAACUCCCUGUGAAAACAAUAUGUUGUUAGGGUAGAGAAGGGGCAGUGUUAAGCACUUUGUAUUUUUAUGUACUUUGAUAAUCAUCUAAUAAUUGUCCUUCAUAUGAAGUUGCUAUUACUAGGGUAAUGACUGUACCUUGACAUGCACCCUGCUUACAAAGGGCAAUUAUAGAUAUUCAGCGUAAUCUUUCACUAAGAGCAGCUCAACAAACAUUUCACUUUGUUUGAAAUCUGUUUAACCAGAUUACAGUGGUACCUUGGUUUAAGAACAGUUUAGUUUAUGAACAACUUGGACUAAGAAAGCUGCAAACCCGAAAGUAGGUGUUUUGGUUUGUGAACUUUGCCUUGGAAUAAGAACAUGUUUUGCUUCCUGUUGAGUGUGUUCCAUUUGUAAAUUGAGUCCCCUGCUGCUGUGGGAAAGCAUGCCUUGGUUUAAGAACAGACUUCUGGAGUGGAUUAAGUUCAUAAACCAAGAUACCACUGUACAUCCACUUUGUUAGUUUUGUCUUAAUACUCCUGCAUCCCCAGUAAUAUGUGAAUACUCCUAAGUUUUAUGGUGAUGAGAUUCAAGCUUACUGUGUUUUAACUGUGUGGACACAGUAUGUUUUCCUAACUGUUAUUAUAUUUAACCUAUAUACCUGAGAGAGGAGGGAAUCACAGUGUAUUUGGGCAAAAGUUAUUCAUGCACCUUGAUUCUUCCUUUGAUUAGGAAGGAUAUCCCACACCUCACAAGUGAUGAGGUGGAAACUAAAUUUAUUUUCUUUCUUGGUUAGUGGGAAAUAAAUGGCAAAGACCAAAAGCAGCACUGAAAAUAUUGAUUAUUACUGUUAACUUUGCCUGCUUUCUUGUUUGUUAAUUGCAAGAAAAAAUAUUGCUGAUUUAGAUGCUCAAGGAAAUUUAAUUGCUUGUGCAUGAUCUUCCAUUUUGGAUCUGACAAAUAAUCCCUGUUUCCUUUGCACAUAUUCUACUUCAGUGCUAGGAUAUUUUUCUUGGGAGAUAAAUGAACAAAUUACUUUUGAGCUGUGAGUGGGAGGAAUUGGAUGAGCAUCCCCUGUGUCCUUCCUCCCUACCCCUUGGCAAUGGCUUAGGGAUACUUCAUUAUUUAAACACACAGGGUUGCACUUGCAAUGUAUGUGCAUUUAACCAAUGUGAUUUCAAGUUUAUGCACUUGGCAAGGUGGGAGGGUGGGCAGUAGGCUGGGAGGAAAACAUAGUCAAUUCCACCUGCAAUUGCACUUGCAUUUGGAGGUGCAGUUAGAGUGUGUGUGUGACCUUAGGAGAGUAUUACAGGCCAUUUCCCAGUUUUAAAAUGGUUUUUUUGACUACAUGCAAUUGUGGUUUUAUGUGCUGUCUCUGGAACAUAACCCCAACAAAAGAUGUGAGUUGAUUGUAUCUGACUUUACCAUAUUUUCUCGAGUCUAAUGCGCCAUUGAAUCUAACAUGCACCUCAAUUUUCAGAACCUUGAAACAAAAAAAAGUAUUUGAUGGUGAAUGUAAAUGUGCCAUCGAAUCUAAUGCGUACCUUAAUUUUCGCAACGCAAUUUGGCCAAAAAAGGUGAGCGUUGGAUUCCAGUAAAUAUGGUAGUGAUACUCAGGAAAGACCCAUUGAGAUGAAUGGUAUUAAGGUAGUUAUGAAUAUGACUUGUAUACAGCCCAUUCUGACUUUCAUAUUCUAUAUCAAUGUGCAUGAAUAAAUAGUACUGUGAGGAUAUUAACGGAGGGCAAUUCAUGUCUGAUUUUUACCCCCAGCAGAGUCUGGCAGAGCUAGAAGUUCUUUGUAAACAGCUCUACGAGGGGACAGACUUAGCACAGCGAAUACAAGCAGAAAAGGUGCUCCUGGAGCUUAUUAAUAGUCCUGAAUGUCUUAGCCAAUGCCAGCUUUUACUGGAACAAGGAACAACCUCUUAUGCACAACUGUUAGCAGCAACAUGCCUCUCAAAACUUGUGUGCAAAACACCUCCUUUACCUGUUCAGCAAAGGAUGGACAUCAGAAACUACAUAUUAAACUAUGUUGCAUCUCGACCAAAACUGGCCCUUUUUGUGAUCCAAGCUCUUGUUCAAGUAAUUGCUAAGAUCACAAAGUUGGGUUGGUUUGAUGUUCAGAAAGACCAGCUCAUCUUUAGAGACAUUAUUGCUGAUGUUAAAAAGUUUUUGCAGGGGACUGUGGACCACUGCAUAAUAGGAGUAAUGAUUCUUUCAGAACUGACUCAGGAAAUGAAUUUUGUUGAUUAUUCUAGACCUUCAUCAAAGCAUCGUAAAAUAGCUACCUCGUUUCGUGAUACUACUUUAAAAGACAUUUUGAUGCUGGCAUGCUCGCUGUUGAAAGAGAUGUUGGCAAAACCAUUAAAUCUUCAGGAUCAGCAACAACAAAAUCUAGCAAUGCACCUUUUGAAACUUGUCCUCAAUUGUCUUAACUAUGACUUCAUUGGCAGUUCAGCAGAUGAAUCUGCAGAUGAUCUGUGCACUGUACAGAUCCCAACAAACUGGAGAUCAAUCUUCCUGGAGCCAGAAACCUUGGAUCUCUUUUUUGAUCUGUAUCAUUCCCUCCCAUCAAUGCUGUCUCAGUUAGCACUUUCUUGUUUAGUUCAGUUUGCUUCUACAAGGAGAUCCUUAUUUAGCAACCCAGAACGUGCCAAAUACCUUGGUAACCUGAUCAAAGGGGUAAAAAGAAUACUUGAAAAUCCUCAGGGUUUAUCGGAUCCUGGUAACUAUCAUGAAUUCUGUCGAUUUUUGGCUCGACUGAAGACUAAUUAUCAACUGGGAGAAUUAGUAGUUGUGAAAGAUUACCCAGAAGUUAUUAGACUGAUAGCCAGUUUCACUAUUACUAGUUUACAGCAUUGGGAAUUUGCACCAAACAGUGUUCAUUAUUUGCUAACCCUUUGGCAGAGAAUGGUUGCCUCGGUGCCUUUUGUGAAGUCAUCAGAACCCCAUCUCUUGGAUACAUAUGCACCUGAGAUCACAAAGGCAUAUAUUACUUCUAGAUUGGAAUCUGUCCCCAUGGUUAUAAGAGAUGGCUUGGAUGAUCCCUUGGAUGAUACAGCCACAGUUUUUCAGCAGCUGGAGCAACUGUGUACAGUUAGCAGAUGUGAAUAUGAAAAGACUUGCGCUCUUCUUGUACAGCUAUUUGACCAAAAUGCACAAAGCUAUCAGAAGCUGUUGCAGUCUUCUAGUAGAAAUCCCUUGGCGAUCUCAAUUCAGGAAGGAUGCUUGGCAUGGCUUGUCUAUCUUGUGGGAACUGUUGUAGGAGGAAGAUUAACUUAUACCAGUACUGAUGAACAUGAUGCUAUGGAUGGUGAAUUAUCAUGUCGAGUCUUUCAGCUAAUUUCUUUGAUGGAUGCCCAGUUACCCCGCUCUAGCAAUGAGAAAGUGGAACUUGCCAUACUCUGGUUUUUGGAUCAGUUCCGUAAAACUUACGUAGGAGAUCAGCUCCAGCGCACCUCAAAGGUUUAUGCUCGAAUGUCAGAAGUUUUGGGAAUAACAGAUGACAACCAAGUUCUAGAAACAUUUAUGGCAAAAAUUGUUACAAAUCUUAAAUACUGGGGGCGAUGUGAGCCUGUGAUCUCAAGAACACUUCAGUUUCUAAAUGACCUUUCAGUUGGUUAUAUUCUCCUAAAAAAGCUUGUGAAAAUAGAUGCUGUGAAGUUCAUGCUGCAGAAUCAUACAAGUAAACACUUUCCUUUCUUGGGUGUAAAUGAUAAUUAUGGUUUGAGUGACCUUAGGUGCAGAACCAGAUUCUAUACUGCACUCACACGCCUUCUCAUGGUAGAUCUAGGUGAAGAUGAAGAUGAAUUUGAAAACUUCAUGCUUCCCCUGACAGUUUCAUUUGAAACUUUAGCUCAGAUAUUUAACAAUAGUUUUAAACAAGAGGAAGCAAAGCGUAUGUUGAUCGGACUGGCGAGAGAUCUUCGAGGGAUUGCCUUUGCUCUGAACACAAAGACCAGCUACACCAUGCUGUUUGACUGGAUAUACCCGUCAUAUCUCCCUAUUCUUCAAAGAGCUAUUGAGCUGUGGUAUCGUGAACCAGCAUGUACUACUCCUAUUUUGAAGCUCAUGGCUGAGAUGAUGCAAAACAGAUCGCAGCGUUUAAAUUUUGAUGUGUCUUCUCCUAAUGGAAUUCUCCUCUUCAGGGAGGCCAGUAAGAUGAUUUGCACUUACGGUAAUCAGAUCCUCUCCCUUGGGACUCUGUCGAAAGAUCAAGUUUAUCCAUUGAAAAUCAAGGGUAUCUCCAUCUGUUAUUCUGCACUCAAAUCUGCCUUGUGUGGAAAUUAUGUCAGCUUUGGCGUCUUCAAGUUGUAUGGGGACAACCACUUUGACAAUGUACUUCAGGCCUUUGUCAAAAUGCUGCUCUCAGUCUCCCACAGUGACUUGCUACAAUAUCGAAAACUAGGCCAGUCUUAUUAUCCACUCUUGGAAUGUCUCACCCAGGACCACAUGAGUUUUAUCACCAGUUUAGAGCCUCAUGUACUAAUGUAUAUAUUUACUUCAAUAUCUGAAGGACUUACUGCACUGGAUACCAUUGUCUCCUCCAGCUGCUGUGCAAGUUUAGACUACAUUGUCACCUACCUCUUUAAGCACAUAGCAAAAGAAGGCAAGAAACCUCUGAGAUGUAGAGAGACUUCCCAAGAUGGGCAAAGAUUACUGCACUUCAUGCAGCAGAACUCAGAGGUAUUGCAGCAGAUGAUGUCAAUUCUCAUGAACACCAUAAUUUUUGAGGACUGCAGAAACCAGUGGUCAGUCUCGAGACCCCUCUUGGGCCUUAUACUUCUCAAUGAGAAAUACUUCAGUGAAUUAAGAGCCAGCUUGAUAAACAGCCAGCCUGCCAACAAACAAGAAGUCCUUCAUCAGUGCUUUAGCAACCUAAUGGAAGGAGUGGAACAAAGCCUUCUAGUAAAGAACAGAGACAGAUUCACACAGAAUAUGUCCGUCUUCCGCAGAGACAUGGCUGAAACCCUGCGCUGCGAGGGGGCGUCAGAAUCGAGCAGUUCAGAAAUGAUGAGUUGAUGCUGAACUUGGAAGAUGUUUGAUAAAUGAACAGACUUUGAAGGUUGGGGAACCACAAUAUUGUUAGAUAGGGUUUGACUUUAAUAGAAAAUAUUUUUUUAAAUAACUUCUGCCUUUUUAUAUCUUUGGCAUAAAUGUAAGGAUUUGUAACACUGGAAACAAUGUAAAAAUCACACUUGGCAUUAAGAACCAUUUUGAACUUCCGUAUCCAGACUUCUUAUCCCCUUUCACAAUUAAAUGGUGCAGAAACAAUAUCUAACCAAAGAACAAAAUAAAAUGUGUAUUUUCUUUCUGAAAUUGCAUUGCUGGGAAAUUUCAGUUCCGCGAUUAGACCAAUAUCAGAGAGUUUAAAAAAACAGCGAUGUCAUAUCUAUUUCUCUCAUAGCUUCAUCUAAACUGAGUAACAGAAAGCAUAAUUUGUAAACAAUAUGGCUAUAUGUAGAUAUGUAGAUUUUUUUAAAAGCUUUAUGUCUUAAGUGCACUGUUGACAAGCAGAAGAUUGGCAGAAUGCAAAUUAACAAUUCUGGAUUAAAGUAAGAAAGUGGUACUUUUUGAAGCUUACAGGUGAUGAUCCAUUCUUUAAUUGAGAAUGAAUAAAUGUUCGUUUCACACUCA